AUGGUGUCAUCUUGCUCUUUUCCUUGGCCUUCACCACCUCAUCUUCUCCAUUCUUCUCAUAAUUUAUUGACCAGACCUGUUAUUUUUUAUAUGGGGUUUUCAGCUUCUUUGGUACAGGAGAGCCAGUGACAGUGAAAUGAGUAUGAGGAGUCUCACUUUUUGUCUCCUUCUCUAGUCUCCCUUUCUAAAUUCUUUAUCUUUUUACUGUCUACAUUCCCCAAUUUUGUCUCUUGAUUUAGAGGGACCCUCCUCAUCCUUUUAUUUUAUACUUAGUACUAGGACUUCCUUUUUUUUCCUCUCCACUGUGGAUUCAUGGGUUUUUCUGUGCAGCAGAAUGCAUCUGAACUGCUCCCAGCCCAGAUCAAAUCUGGCCUUCUCUGGUAGAUUUGAACUGUUUUCUCAAAUGGGUUCUCGCUAUUUUCUCUGAUUAACUAAGAAGUCAUCCAAGAACUGCUUUGGAUAAACAAGGGGGAGGAGAAGGGGACAUUAUUAAGCAGAUAAGAAGUGAAGUUUCUUGUUUUGGGUGUAUAAGCUAUGAAGGAUUUUCCUUCUUGUUUUGGGGAAAAUGGGGUUCAAGUUGCAGAUUUUUCAUCGUCAUCUUCAUCAACUGCUAAUAAAGCUGCUCAGAAUUUAGUAACUUCUGUUUAUCAAUGUCGAUUGCGCGGUAAAUCUUGCUCAAUAACUGUUACUUGGAGUAAAAAUUUGAUGGGUCAAGGCCUUAGUGUUGGGAUUGAUGAUAACACGAAUCAGAGUCUUUGUAAGGUUGAUAUCAAACCGUGGUUGUUCUCUAAGAAGAAAGGGUCGAAGAGCUUAGAAGCAAGUUCUAGUAAACUUGAUGUGUAUUGGGACCUUUCUUCAGCUAAAUUUGGAUCCGGGCCUGAGCCGUUGGAGGGCUUCUAUUUGGGGAUUGUUUGUGAGAGACAAAUUAUUUUACUGCUAGGAGACAUGAGAAAAGAAGCUUUGAAGAAAACAGGUGCCACCCCUGCUUCAUCUGGUUCUGUUCUGAUUGCAAAGAGAGAGCACAUUUUUGGUAGAAAAAUGUUUGGGACUAAGGCUCAGUUUUGUGACAAUGGCCCUGUACAUGAUCUCAUGAUUGAAUGUGAUACGACUGGCAUCAGCGAUCCAUGCCUUGUUAUCCGGGUGGAUACUAAGCCAUUAUUGCAGGUGAAGCGACUGACUUGGAAAUUUCGAGGGAAUCAUACCAUUUUGGUUGAUGGGAUUGGAAUUGAAGUAUUUUGGGAUGUUCAUAACUGGCUCUUUGCUACGUCACUUGGAAAUGCAGUUUUCAUGUUCAAGACUUGUGCGCCACCUGAGAAGUUAUGGGCUAGCCAACCUCUCUGUGAUCCACAGACAUUACAUUGGUCAUGGUCACAGAGAUUCCGAGAUACUCAGUCACAUAAUCUUGGUUUCUCUUUGAUAUUGUAUGCUUGGAAGAAUGAAUAGAAGAUUUUGCAUUCUUGGUUUGGUUGAGUGCUAACAAGACCCUCGCUGAGCUGUGAUUUUAUUGACUAUGAGCUUAUAUUAUACUUGAUUAUAUUUCUCCAUUUGUUUAAUAGCUUAUUUAGUACAUUAAGAAGUUCAAGAAAAAAAUGAGAAAAGAGAUAGACAACGUUCUUGUCAUUCCUUGUAAAUUCUUAAAAUUGAAAUGUCUGUCAUUUGAUCUUUAUUUCUUUGGGAAAUUUCAGUGCAAAAGUUAGCUCCCAGGAUGCUUGUACAAAAACUUUUUUUGUUUGGAGCAUGGUGUUGUCUCUUUUUAUUGCGCCAUGUAUUGAUGAGCUAUGUCUCUCUGGCUCUUUGCAGUUUCAACUUACCUGUAAUCAUAUUAGAUAUAGGUGUUAGCCAUUUGUGAAUUAUAGUGGAUCUUUUUUCUUUAUGAUAACCAAAAGAGACGUUUGCUUGAAUUCUUUACCUGUAAUGAUACAGGAAGGUUGAGUUUGAAGCUUGAAAAGCUAGUUGGGUCAAGAUUUGAUGUAUUUGCAUUGUCCAUGUAAAACUUGGUCCAGCAAAUUAUUGCUUCAUUUUCUCUGAGGGACAUACUGCACUACGUAUAUUGGAGGAGCGAAAAGAUGUUUUCUAGAGUUGGUAUGAAUUCAACCCUCUUACUUCCACAUAUUUUAACAAUUUAGGGCAAAUGUAGCCUUAAAUCCUCAGUGUCAAUGUUGCUUGGAGAUUUCAAGGCUUGGCAGCACAUAGACCUUUUUGAAAGUCUACUAUUUUGGGAUUUACUGCUAUUGCGACAUGGCCAGUCUUAAAUCCUCAGUGUCUGAUUUCCUUAUGCAUGAAUAAAGCUUACUUAUAUUUUUCUAUGUGGGGUAACACUAUUUAAAAGCUAAGAGUGUAUGCUUUUGGAGAGGAAAAGCAAAGCUGACCUAUGUUUAUACAAGCUUAUUGUUUGCAGUUCACAUGAUCUUAUUACGAGUGCCUUUUUACUGCUUGCUUUUUCUAUUUCUCUGGGAAGCAUAAGAGAAUCUGUAGGCAGAUCAAAGCUUGGCCAGAAAUUGAUGCAGAUGCUGCUAUAGCAGUUUUUACCUUUAUAUUUUAUUCUCUUCCUUUGCACCAAUGCUAAUUUUAUUUAAAAAGAAAAAGCACUGAGGUGUUUACCUGUAGUGUAAUUAUGGCAUAUAUUUCUCAAAAUGCAUAUUUUUUCCUCAUUUGUCAGUACUGUAGAUAUUUUUUAAAUCACUAGGUACUUUUAUGCAAUCACACCUGUGGGAGGAAGAUGGAAGGAUAGGUUCUUUCUGAGCUUAUUUAGCUUUGGCUUUGCAGGGCUUGGAAAUGGAUUCAGUAUUAUGUACUCUAUGGAAUUAUUUGGUUUUAGGAAGCCGAAUGAGAAUUAGAGACGUUAUCGUGUCAAAUCAAGUAACAUUCUUUCAGGAUCUGUAGAAGAGAAUGUCUGCCUUGGGCCAAUUAAGUAACACAUUUUAAGGAUCUGUACAAGAGAAUGCCUGCCUUUGGGCAAUUAUAUGGUUCAGUACCCUUUGUCUGUCUUGGGGCAUCAUAUUGCUCUAUGUAAUUGACACAUUUAGACUUACAGUAUCAUUCAACUUUUGACUAUUUCUUCAGAGGUUUUGGCCUUUUCAUUUAUCUGGAAACUAAAUUUGGAGUUUGUGAAAAGUGUCCUGCAAGGUGAAUAAUCAGAAACUGAAUGAAUUAUCUAAUUUCAGUUCCGUGCUGUUACGUGAAGAAAACGCACUUCUUGAUGUGAAUUUCAUGUAUUAACUUGUUACCUUCAAGGCAGGGCUUUUAUAUGUUUUAAAGAAAUUGCCUCUGAUCAUUUCAAGAGUUACAUCCAUAACAAAGGGAUUGUUAUAAUUAACUGAGUUUGCAUGUUAUCAUGGAUUAUUUGGUUGAUUCCUAUGUAUAUGAUUUGUUAUUAGCUCCUUUUCUUCUAUUCAGAAUUGCAUCCACGCAUACCCUGAGAGCUAGUUAGGUAAGAAGCCUCCAUGCCUGAAUACAUAAAGCAGUCUGGCUUGAGGUUAAACAGGAGAAACUGCUUAAGGCUUGAACUGUUAUUCAGUUUGCUUCGUGGAAAUUUAGUUCUGAAGAAUCUUAAUCCAUGAAAAAUAGAACUUAUUAGUCUUCUUUCUCAAGGUAUGUGUCCCUAGAUUCAUUUGGAUUUACAAAGCUUUCUUCCUAAAUGGUCAAGGAGAGGAACUACUAAAGGUUUCAGAUGUUCUGUUUGUUACACUCAGUUUAGAUCAUUGAGAAUUUUCAAAGCUGAAAAUGAUAUUCAGUUUAUUUCUCAAAAAAUUAGACCUUGUAUGUGCUAUAAUUGUCCCUGUGAAAGUUACAUUUUGUGGCUGUUUAUAUGUUGCAUACUGUAUCCUUAAUUAAAUCGUGUAUUUGGUAGAAGGGUAGACUCUGAGAGAUUAAUUUUAGGAGACUGCAGUGUAUAUUUGAUGUGACAGUCUCUUUUAUUAGAGUCAAAUGGAGUCAUACUUUGUCCUCCAUAUCUGGAUAUUCUUUUGCGUGAAGGUUUACGUGUGGAUUAGUAGGAAGAAGGCAUUCGUGGAAAGAAUUGGCAAACUUUAUUAAUCUAUGAUCUGAUAAGUUUCAGUAUAUGAGUACGUAAAUAAGAUAAGAUCUUUUUGAAACGCUUUAUGAAAAAGGUAAUCACUGCAUAUCGUACUUUCCUUUAAUGACAAAAAAGUGUUUUCUGCCCGGUUCUUUUGUUAUAAGGUAUAUCUAAUAGUUGCUGUUAACAUUCCAUUUCAUUACUUUGAUUCGUUUAUUACAUUUUGUGCCUUUGCAAAAAAGUUGAUUAGACUCGUAUAUUGACUAGACUUCAACAGAUCAAAGGUGAUUGUAAAGUUCUGCAAUUGUUUAAAUCUAACAAAAGGGUAUGAUGAUCAUGGAGCUUGGUAUAGCUUUUCUAAUAGGUGAGACAACGCUCGCCAGUUAACAAUCAACACCUUAUUGGUCUUGCUCACAUGCCACUUCUGGACUCUUAGAUUUAGUAAAAGGAGGUACUUAGCUUUUGACAGGAGGAGUGUUUGGAAAGCAGUAUUAUAUUUUUACAAUUGGAGUUUAUCUCUAUUGAUGUCAAAGUAUUGAUAUGUUAAUGUUCAUUGGUAUUUCAUACAUAUAGUCAUAUUCAUACGUACAGUGCAGUCCUGAGGAAGUUCGAUGCUCCAUUGAUGGCUGUUGAGUCAAUCGAGAACCACAACCAAGGUGAAAAACUUGGUAUUUAUAUUCAAAAUUUCCUUCAUUCAUGCACUCUGCCUGUCAAUUCACAUCUUCUCCCCAACCUUAGAUAUACAGACGCGUCUAGAAAGGUAAGAAGGCUGUCAGGGUUUGCAUAAUGUCCCAUCAUAUCUUUUAAAAGUGCUGUGGUCGAUUUUGAUUUCAGUGUCGAAGCCUUGUCUUAUUCAUCUAGGGAUAUGUUUUAUCCAAUAAAUGGACAGAAUGGUGCUGUUCUAGAUUACUGCUAAUCUCACUUGCCUCAACUGGUAAAUCAUGAACUUUGCAAUAAUGCAGAUUUUGUAAGCUCAUUUGCUUCCUUCUAAUACUAUAGUAGCCGUCAUCUUUAAGCACGUACUUUUGUCCAUUGAUCAUUGUGCUUUCUAGGGUUAUUCAAUUGUUGUCCCUGUGUUGCUGCAGCAGAGAGCUUGAAGAUUGUCUUGUCAUUGCACUAGGAUGCUUCAUGCUGGUAUAAAGCUUUCAUCCUUCAUUUUGCAUUUUCUGAGUAAUGUUUGUGACAUUGCCUCAUCUUUCAACCAUCCUGAGAAUUUGAGCGUGCAAUUAUCAUUGACCCGAUACGACUGUAUAGCUGGAUAUGGGGUUGUUAUCUUGCAUACCAUUAACAUGCUAGCAUUAACUAUUGCAACAGAAGUUAGUCUUGAAAAUUCCCCGGCAUUAGCAAGGAGAUAAAUUGCCUGGUGAACGUGCCAAGUCGGCAAGUUCCAGCAGAAUUUUGCCGGGUCAAGGGCUUUUGCGGUUGCAGGUGGAGAGAGUAAUUUGCAAACCCUGAUCAGGCCACGGUUGAUGUUGUCUAGAUCUAGAGCAGAAUGCAAAUUUCAGGAUUUCUUGUUUUUUCAGCAAAAGCCAGGCCAAAUCAACUGCACCCCAUUAGUUUUACGUAGAUUGGCAAUAACAGACUGAUUGUAGAGUGUCUGUAUGCAAGCAGCAUAUUCAGAUUACAGGACAAAAUCAUCAAGAAAUCAUGGCACAUAGCUAACUUUGAUACUCCAAAAACUUCUUGUGGAUUCAUGUAAUGUUGCAAGGUCUAGUCACAGCACAUAGCUAAGUUUUGUUCUGUGUCUGCCAGUCUUCUAUUCUUUAUCUGUUCAUGUUGCACUUGUUGACCAACAGAAACAGAAAUGAGGAAGGGUAUUUGUAUAUCAUAUUAUACAAAGCUUUGCUUUUCUUCUC